UUAGAUUAGUGUCUAUCAAGCUCAGGAACCGUAUCGAAUUAAGUAAGUACAAAGGCCCGUAAAUUCCUACCAACGCUUACCCAUUUUCUUCGAACUAAUUUAUAUUUGCAGAAAAAUCAUACAACAAUUAGAGAUGCAUCCACAAACUUUCGAAGUUCUCAGACUAGAGUCGAGUUUUGGCAGUUUGUGCAUAAACAAAAUUAAUGAUCCAUUUAUCAUCGGCGUCGACCACAACCUAAAUCCUAAUUUCAAAGCGAGGAGUUUGUUUUAUCUCUUUCCCAGGUUACCAACGGAGCUUAAGCUUAUGAUAUGGGCUGAGGCUGCUGAUGACCGACAGAUUGUUCGCAUCAAACCUCGUGCAAGAGACGGAACGGAACAUGAAGGAUUUCGAGCCGAUUACGCCAUGCCGGUGGUUUUGCACGUUUGUCGGGACUCUAGACGAGAAGCGCUCAAGAGAUAUACAGUUAUAUUUAAGGGAAUCCUUCGAAAUCCUAUCUACUUCAACUAUCAGCGAGACUAUGUAAGCCUUGUUGGUAGUACCACAUGUGAGCAUUUCGAAAUUCUGUCAGGGGAAGAUAGCAGUAUUUGUGAGGAGAUCCAAAAAAUUCAGAAUGUACUUGAAAUGGUUACUGGCUUAGGAAGCGGUGAUAGUGAAGAAGAUGUAUUGCUUUACAUGUUGAGUAUUUGGAAUGGCGUCAAGCGUCUGAUUAUCGCGGAGAGGUCACCAACUUGGUGGGGUACAUUUAAAGAAAUUUGGUCCGACAAGGAGGUAAAGAAGCUGUGUAAAGACGCCAAAGCUAACGACACCAGAGAAUGGGUUGCCACGCCCGACUUCCCCCAGGUCCGCAUAGUCAAGUUUGAUGAUAUCUUAAGUGCUGUUGUGAAGGAAGAGAAACAACCCAUGUAAGUGAGAACAACCACUAGCAAAUUUCAUUACCUCUUAGGCUUUCGUUAUAUCUACUGAACUAACUGCUAAAAACUAGGGACGGGACAAGCGCGAUGCUUUCUUUUUUUGAUUCUUUGUUUGAGGCAAGCUCUACAUACAAUAUCAAAAGACGGCCGAAGAAGGGCACAGAAUGAGGCUAUCGAAUGAGAAUAGGAUAGAACCGAUGUAGCUGUUAUCUUGGUCAUGGAUGGAAUAGUAUUUUACCUUACAGAAGCCCUUGGGGACAAAUCAUCAUGUUCCUGUAAUUCAGUUGAAGCUAUAGAUAUC